CUGGUUUUAUAAUAAAAGAUCGUUUAAUUUUAUCGAAUGCACAUGCCACUACUGAUGCAACACAAAUUCGUUUACGUAAACAUGGUGAAUCAACAAAAUAUUUAGCUAGAAUUGUACACAUUGGACAUGAAUGUGAUCUAGUUCUGUUAACAGUUGAUGAUGAAGAAUUUUGGACAACAAAAACAAUUCUGAAACCAUUAAAAUUUAGUAAACAAAUUCCAACAUUACAGGAAACAUUAAUUAUUGUUGGAUAUCCAACAGGUGGCGAUAAUCUAUCUGUUACAAAAGGUGUUGUUAGUCGAGUUUCAAUGCAACAGUACACUCAUGGAUGGGGAACAUUUUUAGCUAUUCAAACUGAUUCAGCAAUUAAUCCAGGAAAUUCAGGUGGACCAGCAUUACAGGGUAAGUUAAGAGAGAGAGAUGUACACCUUUUCUUCGAGAAGAGCUUGAGUUCGGCAGCAGGCGGUCAGUGCUGUUGUAACGGCGUCGAAAGAAAGAAAAGUACAUCGGUUGCUGCACUGUUAAAAACCUGAGUUCUUCAUGUCUUUCGAGAAAAGCUGAAGAACGGAAUUCUGUUCCUCGAAUCAAUGAGAACAAGAGUUUUUGCUCUUCAAAUCGCCUUUGCACUUGAAAGCACGCAGUUUUUCUGUACUUUGGAGAACAGAAAACGAAGAAUUUUUUCAACAAAGAACAGGAAAGCAGGUAUACUAAGAAAUAUGUCGCAAUAUGCUCUAAUAAACGUUGUUAUUUAUUCACAUGCACAACAGAAGAAAGAGCACUCGCACCGUGGAAGGCAGGAACAGCAGUAUACUCCUAGCCUUAUGGUUUGCUUCAGCAUGGUUUGAAGAGUCUUUAUCGAUUUUUGUUUUAUUUUCAUAACCCAUUAAGUUUUGUACCUUUUCGCUCACAUCGUUCUCCAUCUUUUAUUGCAGAGAAACACUUUUAGUCCUUCUAAGGUCUUUUUCUCAAGUUCUAAUAACUUGACUUUUAACUCAUUAACUCUUUUAGACAAGGAAAAUGCGUUUUACAUUCUUUUCUUCUUGUCAGCUCACAUCUAUCACCAUUUUCAGAAUGCGUCCUCAACACGUUUUUCUUGCAGCAGAUUUACUCUGUUUAGAAAACUAUUCUGAAUGAGUUCGUAAAACUCUUUGCAGUCUUUCGGAGUGUUGCCUUUGCAUCUCUACCACGUUUUCCCUUUGAAAACAGCUCACCAGCUGCCUUGAAGCGAAGGAUUGUUAGUAAAAAAAAGGCCUUCACCUGUAAAACAAGAAACUGAGAAACAUAAGGCUUGUUUUUCAGUUAAAAUCUAUGAUAACAUCAUUUAAUUGGAAGAUAACACUUUUGUUCUUCAAAAAAUUCAAUACUGAAGAACAAAAAAUUGGUUAUGUAUAAUAAAUAAAAAUCAUAUUAUUCGACGGAUCCCUUGAAUUGUACUUCACCGAAGAACGCAGCGAAAUACGGAAAAGCAACGCGAAUUUCAAGACAUUCAUUAUGAAUAAUUCGAACGCAUCAGUCGUUCUUCAGCAUUUGAAGUUUUUGAAGAGCAAAACUGUCAUCUUCUAAUUGAAUGAUGUUAUCAUAGAUUUUUGUUCUUCAGGAAAUCAAAUGUCUCUUAUGUGGAUCUCAAUUUUCGAAGAAUAGAAAUCGAGUUUUGCACUUUCUGAAGAUUCUGUUUACCAAAAUCUUUAGAAAAACACAAACGUGCACUUCAUAGGGGACAAAUCAAGAUCUUUUCUUUGUUUUCUGAAGAGAUCGUAUUUCGAACAGUGUAGAUCUAAUCCAGCCUAGGAAUACAUCACUUUCGAUUUGCUUUGAAGUAUUGACUCAAAAGGUUUGAAUCAUCAGAAGUAUUGUUCUCAAAAGGGUUGCUAGAUAAGCCUUUCAACAAUUCAAAACGUUUUGAUUGUCAAUACUUUUGAACUUCAAAGUCCAAAACAAAAGUUUAUUUUACGCAAUUUAGGUUGUUUUAUUUUCUUAACGGUCUUUUUCUCGCUAAAAAAUGAAUUUUAGUGGGUUUUCACGAAGUUUUCUGGAAGCUCCACAAGAGCAAAAACUGCGCAUACUUUAUUUCUAACAAAAGUAGGCUUUCGUUUGUUCUUACAGUCGAAAUAAACAAAACAAUGCCAAAAAAACGUAAUACUUUCCUAACAACAAGUAUAAUUAAGCUGUAGGCAUUAGGUACAAAAUAAAACCGUAGUAAGCAUGCAUAAUAGCAACUAAUUGAGUUUUUCAUCGGUGGAAAUGUAUACAUCAUACACUUUAUAGA